CGAGGGCGGAGCGGCCGCGUCAUCGAGCACCAUGGCGGAGCUGGGAGCUGGCGGCGACGGCGCGGGCCACAGCGAGACAGCGCCCGACAGCUACAAAGUGCAGGAGAAGACGACGGCUGCCCCCAACCGGCCCCCCACUGCUGUCUCAGGCCAAAACAGCAGCCACUCAGGACCUAAACCAGACCCUCCGCCGGUGCUGCGGGUGGACGACCGGCAGCGGCUGGCCCGGGAGCGGCGUGAGGAGCGCGAGAAGCAGCUCGCUGCGAGGGAAAUCGUCUGGUUGGAAAGAGAAGAGCGAGCCCGGCAGCACUAUGAGAGGCACCUGGAGGAGCGGAAGAAGAAGUUGGAGGAGCAGAGGCUGAAGGAGGAGCGGAGGAGGGCCGCGGUGGAGGAGAAGCGGAGGCAGAGGCUGGAGGAGGACAAGGAACGCCAUGAAGCUGUGGUCCGGCGCACGAUGGAGAGGAGCCGGAAGCCAAGACAGAAGCAUAACCGGUGGUCGUGGGGAGGCCCCCUCCACGGGAGCCCCCGAGCCCACAGCGCGGAUCCAGACAGGCGAUCAGUUUCCACCAUGAAUCUUUCGAAACAUGUCGAUCCCGUCAUUAGCAAGCGGCUCUCCUCUUCAUCUGCAACUUUGCUAAAUUCUCCAGAUAGAGCUCGCCGCCUGCAGCUCAGCCCGUGGGAGAGCAGCGUUGUUAACAGACUGCUGACGCCCACCCAUUCGUUCCUGGCCAGAAGUAAAAGCACAGCUGCCUUGUCUGGAGAUACAGCAUCUUGCAGCCCCAUCAACAUCAUGCCCUACAAAGCUGCACACUCUAGAAAUCCGAUGGAGCGACCAAAAUUCUUUGUAACACCGCCUGAGGGCUCUGCACGAAGGAGGACUGUUCAUGGCGCAGCGGGCUCUAAAAGAGAUAGGGAGCGAGAGAACAUUCCCUUCCACCCGACAGCUGGCAUCCGAAGGGCUCUGUCUCCAUCACAUCCCAAAGCCAGGUCACCAGCUCCCUCCCGACUCUGGCUCCCAUCCAAGUCCCUCCCUCACUUGCCCGGCACACCCAGACCAGCAUCCUCCCUGCACCCCGGAUCAGUCAAAGCUGCUCCCGUGCAGGCCUGGCCCCCGUCCCCCGGCAACAUCCGCCCCAUCAAGAGAGAAGCCAGGGUAGAGCCUGAGAGAAAAGAGCCCCAGGAGGAACCUCAGGAAGUUGCCGGUGAGCCCUUGCUGGAGGGCAGAGCACCUUUGGUGAAGGUAGAAGCAGCUGCAGGGGAAGAGGGGCCACCCGUGGAAACAGAGGCCGCCCCUGUUGCUCCAGCCACAGCCCUGGCCUCCACCUCGGCCCCGGUCCCAGCUCCAGCUUCGGCCCCAGCCCUGGCCUCGGUCCAGGUCCAGGUCCUGGUCCCAGGCCCGCCAUCCACUGUGACUGCCAGUGCUUCUCCUAAGACCUCUGCAGGCACCACUGACCCGGAGGAGGCCACGAGGCUGCUCACUGAGAAGAGGCGGCUGGCCCGCGAGCAGAGAGACAAGGAGGAGAGGGAGAAGAGGGAGAGGGAGGAGCUGGAGAGACAGCAGAGAGAGGAGCGGGCUCAGAGGGCGGCUGACGAGAGGACUGGCGGCGAGGCGGCCCGCGGGCCGGAGGCCGAGCAGGCGCGGGAGAGCGAGGAGCAGCAGCGGCUGCGCCAGCGCCAGGCGGCCGAGCGCACCCGGAAGCAGAAGCACGAGGAAGCUCGCGUCCGCGAGGAAGCGGAGCGCGCUCGGCAGGAACGGGAGAAGCACUUCCAGAGGGAAGAGCAGGAGCGCCUGGAGAGGAAGAAGCGGCUGGAGGAGAUCAUGAGAAGAACCAGGAGAGCCGACGCCGCGGAUAAGAAAACUGUUGAUCAGAGAAAUGGAGAUAUAACCAAGGGAGCCCUCACUGGGGGAGCAGCGGUAUCUGCACUUCCCUGUGUGACGGACUCUCCAGGAAGUGGAGAACCAUCGGCCAGCUCGCAUGUGGUUACCUCCUACCCAUCGAAGGUGACUGUGGAGAGAAGUUAUAUGAGCAUUUCUUCUGAAGAACCAAAGCAGAAGUUUAAUAAGAAUUGCUACAAUUCCUGGAAUUCCCUCCGUGCUGUGAAGGAGCACCCCUCUCCUCCAGUUUUCUAAAGAUUUUUUGACCAUCAUUUUGAAAAGAGUUUAUUAAAACCAGCUAAAGACAACAGACUGGAGAGCUUUUCUAAUACUUUUCGCCAACAGAGAAAAAGAAAUGCUCCUUAUUCUUCAAUACUUUAAAAUGGCUUUUCCAGUGUCCUCCUUCUUAGUAAAUCAAUAUUUUUCUGCAUUCUCUAAAAGAUGGAAGCAUUUGACUAUAAAAGAAAUGGGCUGACUAGGCAUGGUUUUUCACAUAGAUAUUUUGGUAUUUUGCUCUUUAAAAGCUAAUGUAAAAUUGGCACAAAAAAAUUCACCUUUUGCAGUAUAAUACUUGAAAAAUAAGUACCUCUUAGCUCUACAGGUAGAGUGAAUAGGAGAGGUGUUUAAAUUAAGCCUGUUUGUUUAAAUAUUAUUGCAAAGAACUCUGUUUGUAGAGGCAAAUUAUAGGCAGAUUACCAGGUUCUUGUAAAGCAACUUGUGCGUGGACAUUCUGCAGACCCAGCUGUCACGUUCCUGCAGCUCCUUUUUGCAAAAGCAUACUGAAUAGUUUUAAAAUGUGAAAAAAACAUUAUUUUUUCAGAGCAAGAAAAUAAUUUACUUUCCUCUUCAACAAUGUAUUUAUAAAGUUUUUCCAGAUAAACUAAUCAAAUAAAUUAGAACAUGUGACAACAUUGCAGAUUUGAUUUAUUAGCUGCACUCCUUGUGUCACCAUGAGAGAAUGUCGCUGACGAUUCAGGGCUCUUUCCGAACUCUGUUGCUUCUGUCCCCAGUGGUGGUGGGACUUACCUUUGCCUUACCUGAUCACAGAUUAUGUAGGGGGGAAUAGAGAUUUAAUACUUCUUUAAAUAGAAAAAGAAUUUGGUUGUGCUCGUUUAAGAGCAAUGGAGAACUGAUGGAACGUCGACUGUGUUUGGCACACAGGACACUGCAGGAUGCCUUCACGAGUGUCCUCGUUCUGCGUGGCGUCCAUCACCUUCUGCUUUCCUUCUUCACUUUUGCUGCUGAGUUUAGCUGUACAAACUUGCACUUUCAUAAAUAAUGUAAUUCAAUUUUAAUAUAAAUUCAAUUUUAUUUUACCAUUUUAGAGACUACUAAGAACUAAAUACUGAAGGAGAGGGAACACAUGUUUUUAUGUGGAUGUUAAAAACUUCGACCACUGUAGUGUGUUGGUUUUAUUAAAAGAGCUAUUGGUGAAUCUGU